AUGUCGUCUCUGCUCGUCGCUGACCCGCGCUCGCGAGGCCGCUCCAAGUCGCCCAGUGGACGGCGAGAGCGCUCCAGAUCGCGCGAUAUCCGCGCGCCCUCGCCCGCAGUCGAGUCCAAGAAGAAAUACUACGUCGAUGACGAUGAUGACGACGAGUCGGCCGAGGAGAAGAGGCGCGAAAGGCGUCGCGAGGCAAAGUACUCGUCUGGAAGCCGCACCAGCGGUCGUUCCGACUAUAAAGAAUCGUCCAGCGCGACGAAACACGGCAAGAAAUACGAUGUCGCCGAUGACUCGUCGGACGAGGACAAGUAUCGCGCCAAGGAGCGCGCCAAAGAUCGCUAUUACCAUUCUGACUCAGAGGAUGAUGAUGACGACGAUGAUGAAGAUCGGAAAAAACGGUAUUAUGAAAAGUCGGCCAGUCGGUCAACCAAAUACAAGGAUGAAGAAGAGAAAAAGUAUCGUGGAUCCGCUGGCGCCAGCCGUGGUCGCUAUGGCAGCGCCUCGGACGAGACUGAGAGCGACUCUGAUCUGAGUGCGCUCGCGUAUGGCGACUCGACUACUAGUUCUCAUCGUCGCCAGCACUCGUCGCAGGACCCCCGGUCGUCUCGCGAGUCGGUGUCGAAGUCGUCUCAGCGACCGAGCUCGACUUAUCGUCUCGAUGACGACCGUAGCAGACCAGGAGCUCAUCCGAGCUAUGCCAAACCAGACCAGUAUUCGUAUCCGCAGCCAGGAGUGGCCAACCACUACUCGGAUCCAAGACAUGCUGCUCCGCAUGCCCCAGUGCCUCCAGUCUUGCCUCCCGACUGGGCUCCCAUUCCCGCAAGCGAGAUGCCUGGAUACCUGCCUCCCAGCACCCAUCCGGGGAGCACGCAGGCAAUUCCAGGCGCAUUUCCUGGGGGGUAUCCGGCCGCUGUGCCGCAUGCACCGAGCCCAUACUCGCAAGCGCCGGCCUAUACCUCGACAACGUCGUAUGCAAACCCGACGCAGUUCCAGUACGCAAACCCGGAUCACACUAUCAAGUACGCCACCAAAAAUGAACGGCCCGCGUACACGCAAAGCACCGAAUCCCAGUUUGGGAAACAGCAGCCGUAUCUCGCCAGUGCCGAGCCCCAGUUCUUGGAGAUCGCCCCAGGACGGUCUCGUGCCGAGAGCGUCAGUCGCCAGGGCCGUCCUCACAGCCUGUCUGUGUCCAGCAAUCUUUCUGUAGGAGGAGGCAUGAGCGCUGCCAGUGGCCGUCCCCCGGCGAGUCCGCUGCUAGAAGCUUACAAGGGAACCUACCAGUCUAUUUCGCCCAUGCCCUCUCCCAUGGUGAACCCGGUAGGCCUGGCUCACGACGACGAUAUUUCCGAUCUUGAGGGUCUGGGCGGAGGCUCAGGCUCAGACCGCCGCCGUAGCGUCAAACACAAACACACCAAGUCCCGGGACGAGCGCGAUAAGAGGGAAAAAGGCAGAGAAAAGGAGCUUAUCGAAAAGGAGCGCAAGAAACAUACCAGACACUCCAGCCGCGGUGGCAACGAGGAAGUCAUCCUGAUCGCCCCGUCCAGUCGCAAAAAGGUCAUGUUCUACGACCCCGUGCCGGAUGCUAUAGCGUUGAAAGAGUCGCUCUCGCAUCGCAACACCCUAGACACGCGACCCUUGCUCGAGAUCCUGCCGAGUCUGACAAGUGACGAAAUCCUCGCGCUGCGACAGGAAUACAAGAGCCACGCCAAGGUGCAAGGCAAGGGCAUCAACAUUGCCAAGCAUAUCAAGAUGCGACUCGGCAGCACCUCCUUUGGAAAAGUGUGCUACGCGACGGCGCUGGGCCGCUGGGAGUCCGAGGCAUACUGGGCCAACUGCUACUACCAAGCAGGCACGUCGCGACGUGAGCUGCUGAUCGAGUCGCUCAUCGGCCGCAGCAACUCGGACAUUCGCGAGAUCAAAAACUGUUUCCGCGACGCGCGGUACUCGGACGAUUUGGAAAAGUGCAUGAAAUCCGAACUCAAGGCCGACAAAUUCCGCACGGCUAUCUUGCUCUCGCUGUCGGAACGCCGUCAACCCGAAUCGCAGCAGACUGAUUUGCAUUUGGUGCAGCGAGACCUGUCGGACCUGCAUCGCGCGCUGGUGUCGCGAGAAGGUGGCGAGACGGCGAUGAUCAAUAUCAUCUUGCUGCGCAGCGACAGCCACUUGCGCGAGAUUAUGCGCGUGUAUGACGGGCAGUUUAAGCGCAAUUUUGCCAAAGAGGUUAUCAAAAAGUCGCCCAAUUUGGUGGGCGAAACCCUCGUACACGUGCUCAACGGUGCCAUCAACCGGCCCAUGCGCGACGCCCUGCUCCUUCACCAGGCCAUCCACGAGUCGCGCCCUGGCAAAGAGCGCUCAGAGCUGCUCAUCUCGCGACUGGUGCGACUGCACUGGGAGCCACGACAUCUGGAGCUGGUCAAGGAGGAGUACCGGCACCGAUACAGGGAGAUUGUCGAGGAGGCGAUAGCCAAGGAGAUCAUGGAAUCUGGGGGUAAAGGGGACAUGGGCGAGUUUUGUAUUGAGCUGGUGCGGAGCUCGACCAAGUUGAACGCAGUCAACUACAAGUUCCCCUCUCCCCUCGCGGGGUACGAGAAUCUCCAGCCGCUGACUGAAGAACGAGACACUGACGGAAAAUCCCUGCUCAACCCCAAAACCGACCGCAAAUCCUCCGCGUACACAGAAUUCCCCGCGCCGCUCGACAACGGGCUCCGCGGCGGGUUCGACGUGCAUAUUUACUACAUGCCCAACAACGCCACACAAACGACUUUUGCGCGUGAGCUGCACGAGCGUAUUCGUCGGGAGUGUACUUUCCCCCCUCUGUCCCAUAAAAGAAAGAAAGAAAAAGCUAUCAUACUAACGAAAAGAGAAAAAGUCCCCGAGCUGCGUAUCUACCGCUUCUGGGACCGCCCCGUUGGCCCGCACCCCAUCGCCAUGUUCGAAGUGAACCUGUUGACUCCCACCGAGUUUGGCGCGUUUGUUCCCUGGCUUGUGAUUAAUCGUGGUCCGCUGAGUGCGUUGGUGCAUCCGAAUACGGUGAAUAAAGGGGAGGAGGCGAGAAAUCAUUCGCAGCGCGCGACGUGGCUGGGGGAGCGGGUUCCGCUGGAUUUGGAGAUGUUGCAGACAUUAGAUGUGAAGGAUUUGAAGGAGUGA